AUGACAACGAUGUUCGUCCAACUGCGCCGCGUGGUGUACCUGUUGGUACUUCUGCACUUCUGUACUUGUGUGGUAUAUGCGAGACGUCGUAGCGGAGAUGGUUCAACAACUGUGGGUGUUGCUUAUGAAGAACGUAUAUCAACUGAUAAUGAGGAAAUUUCACAGAAAAUGAGAGAUUCGACAGCGAAAAUGGAAGAGAAAAAAAAGAAGACUGAAAUUACAGCUGAUUUACUGGGCAAAGAAAGGGAACGUUACAAUUCAGCUUCUAACGAUGCGGAGAGAUCUGUUAUUGAGUGCACACAAUUUGCUAAAGAGAUUGAAGAUGGCUUAAAGAAUGUUAUGGAUAAUGAUAAUGAAAAUCAAGCCGAGGAACUAGUGAAAAAGUGCACUGAUGCCGCCCAAGAGGUGAAAAAAGUUGCAGCUUCUGUGAAAAGUGCAGCUGAUGCUGCUCAUGCUGAUGCAGAUAAACUUUUAACAGCCGUUAAGAGUGGGCGUGAAACUUCAAAUGGACGUUUGGAUUCAUUAGACUUAUUAAAGGAAUCGGAAAUUUCUUCUUCGUUAGACAAAUUCAAGGAAGCAGUGACCGCUGUGGAUAAAACUAAUGAAACGGAAAAAUUUGCAACGGAGGUGCAGAAGAAUGUCACUGCCGCAAAAGCAGAGGUUGCCAAGGCAGAACAACUGGAACAAGCAGCGAAUGACGCAGCGAAGCUUCUGCAGGAAGCCAUUCAAAAGGCAAAGACUGCAGCAGCAGCAAAAGCACCAGCAGCAGCAGAACCAGCUCGAGCAGCAGCAGCAGCAGCAGAAACAACAGAGAAAGCUGCCGAAGUAGAACAGCAACAAAACGUUGGUUCAGCACCAAAAAAUGAAGAGCAGCACGAGAAACAAACAACGGAAGCUGAGAGCAGUUCCGAAAGCCAAAUCAACAAAAAUGAGGAAAAUAGAUCAGUAACAAUGGUAACUAAAAAUAGUUCAGGGAACGAAACCAACAAAAACGGGGAAAGGGGAUCAGUGGUCAUAACAGCUGAAAAUGAACCAAACACAGAAAAAAAUAUAUCGACUGUGGAGCAACAGAAUGACCAACAUGCAAGAAAAGAAAACAGCAGAGGCGGAGGUUCUACGAACGAAAGCGAAACAACUAAAAACUCAACCGUUGCUGAAAUAUUGAAAUCUCAAAAUAUGCUAACUAAUUCUCCCUCUACAGGUUCAGUCCCUUUAAAUGUUACACAGUUCAUUGACAGCAGCAGCAGUCCUGCAUUGGUGCACAGUCCCUUAUUGCUGCUUCUUGUUUCGAUGUGUGUGUUGGGCUGCACUGUCGUUUGCUGA